AUGGCGAUGGCCACGGAUCUGAAAACGUUGCAUAUCCAGCUUUCUAUGGCCCAAGGCGAUGCCCUGAAGCACGAAGGCGACAAAAAGGCAGCAGAGUCAGCAUUAGCGCUUGUCAACAAGGAACUCGAAUCCCAUACCAAAUCAUCCCGGAUUCUUCAGGCAGAACAUGACAGGUUGAAGGAGGACAACGAGAAUCUGCAGAAAAAGAUUCAGUUGCAGAUUGAGAACAACAAUCUUACCAUCAAGGAAAUGACCGGCAGACAGCCCCUGGAGGCGGAGCUCAAUGCCUUGAGAGAAGAGCGCGACAGCCUGAAGAAGGAACGUGACUCCCUCAUGAAAGUGGCUGGAGAUCUCCAAAGCCAGUUGAAAGCUAUCAAAGAGGCCCAACCAGCAGAUAUCACCCCGGAUCAAGCGAAGAAAGGAAAAGAGAUGCAAUCCUUCUUCGAUACACUGCGCCAAAGCAAGCCCGCCGAGGCCAUGAUUCCGGAGUCCCAGGUCCAGGGGAUGGUUGAACGCGCCAAGCAAGAUCUCCUGGCACAGGCCACAGAAGAGGUCAAACAGAUGAAGUACAACUGGGAAUGCAUGAUGGCGCAGAAGGAUGCUGAACUUACUGAUGCCCGUACCGCCAACCGGAGUCUCUACGUCGAAGCCGUCCAAUUGAGAGGCCUGAACCAGAGUUCCAACGACAAUGGUGCGAUGUUCUUGAUGAAAGAAGCCCAAAUCUGCAACCUCAUGAAGGCGAACGAAGACAUUGAGGAGAAGUUCAAGGCUACUCGGAAGGCUCAUAAUGACUUGAAGCUCGAUUUCGACUAUCAGAAAACCAAGCUCAAGGAAGCCAAGGAGCUUGCAGCACAAAACGGUGCGGGUUGGCAAGAGGAGAAGCGACUCCGCCAGGAAGCAGAUACUCGCGAGACGAAGACAUACCUUGAUAUGAAGGAGGCAUGGGCAGAGAUGCAAGCACAUUUUGUGAAGUGCGGCCAGGCAGAAAACCGUAGGAUCAUCAAGGAGAGAACCAAGAUUCGUAGCACCCCGCCGAACCCCCGCCGACCGUCCCAAUCGCCCCCAACUGUGGAACCCUCUCUAGCUACAGUCCCAGCUCGCAACAACGAUGCCCCGAUGCCACCCUUCCGCUUCAUGCCUCCAUACAACAAUCCGCCACCAGCGGUUACAUUGAAGCCUGCCAAGCUUGAUACACCGAAGACAACUGCGAAGAAUAAUACUCCUUCUAUCAAGAAGCGGAAGCGACAGGAAGAAGAGGACACCUUAGCAGGAGAGCGAGGUCCGAAGUUCUUUAAGGUUUUGGGGGUGGUCGCUGCGGUCGGAAUUUUUGGGAAGUUGGGGGAGAAAGGUUAUUUGUGGUGA